AUGCAGAGAAAAGAACGGUUCGCGGCUGUCUCGUACGAGCAUCUCUUCACUAAGGAGGAAGGUCGCUUCUUCGGUGAUUCUGGCAAUGAUAUAACAGCGUACGACAACAUAGACGCCGAAGAAUGUGCCCGCCGCUGUCUGCAAGGUCACGGCAGUUACGACGGCGUCAACCCGAUAUGUCUGUCCUUCAACCAUCGCCCUGCCGGAUCGCCAGAGGGCGGCAGUGCACGGUGUUGGCUCCGCAGUAGUGACAAGGACACGGCGGCGUCUCCUGGUCCGGAGUGGGACAGAUGGCCUUACCGAAAUUACUACCAACGGAAACAAAUCCUGGCGCCCCAAGACUGUACCGACAUGUUCACCCUUGGGAUUGAGAACAGUCGCGUUUAUACUGUUGGCCACCCUCAACCGUUCCAAGCCUACUGUAACAUGGACACUGACGGCGGAGGGUGGACGGUCAUACAGCGGCGUCAGGACGGGUCCGUGCCGUUUGACAAGAUUUGGACUGAGUACGAACAAGGCUUCGGCAACACUAGUGGAGAAUACUGGCUGGGAUUGGGGAACAUCCACAGUCUGACAACACAGAAACCAAACGAGCUGUACGUGUACUUGGAAGACUGGGAAACGAACAGCCGGUUUGCGCGGUACAGCGAGUUUUCUGUGGGAGAUGCCAGCAGCAAGUACACGGCAACGAUCGGCGGAUACAGCGGGGAUGCAACUGAUAGUUUGGACCCGUCCACUACACGUCACGGCAUCAACAACAGACAAUUUUCUACAACAGACCAGGAUAACGACGGUGUCAGUACCGACUGUGCGGGUGAAUACGGACAAGGAGGCUGGUGGUACACUCGCAGUUGUGGUUACGCCAUGUUGAAUGGACAGUAUCUGACCGGCUGUUCAGUCCCUGCUCCAGCCUCCUGCUCGCACGCAGAUGGAAUCGUCUGGUACACUUGGUUGGGUUACGGAUAUUCCUUGAAGAAAUCAGUCAUGAUGAUCAGGCCCGCUGAUUUUCCUGUGUCCUCUUUCAAACCUUGCCAGAAUGGCGGAACCCUGACAUCAGGACCGGAAGAUUCCGGACUGUACAUCUGCGCAUGUGCGGAUGGAUGGCAUGGCGCCUUCUGUGAUCAGGAAUGUGCUGACGGUUAUUACGGCUAUGAGUGCAGAGAAAGUUGUGGAAACUGUGUGACAGGAACAGUCUGUGAUAAAACCAACGGCGUCUGUCCAUGUGAGGUCCCUUGGGUUGGAAACACCUGUAAAAUGAUACCUGCGACAGUGUCAGACCAUCCGGAAAGCUUGACAGUAGUUGUCGAUAAUAAAGCAACGUUCAACUGUACCGGUCGCGGUGUUCCCGCUCCUACCGUCACCUGGCAUCACGAUGCCGAAGUCAUCACACCUGGAGCCGGGAUCAGCAUAGACGUUACAGACGGAGGAUUGGUGGGAGAACAAGGCGUGACCCACAGCACCUUAAGCAUGACGUCAGCACGUCGACAGGAUAACGGAGAGUACGUCUGUAUCACGUCUAACGUGGCGGGGAGCGACACGUCACAAGCAGCUGCAGCAACACUUGUCGUGCAAGGUGCGGAAACCAUGAACGUUUUAUAG